GUUGCGGCCCUAUGAGUUUCUGGGCCCGCACCCCUUCCAAUCCGGCGGCGGGAGCCGUGGCCCCGCGAUUCAGUUUGAGCGUGCCGCGCUGUGUGAAUUUGCGCGGCCGUUGGGAAGGGCCGUCUCUUGUAGCCUCUUUCCCCGGGCCUGAGGCUCCGCGUCCCAGAUGGACAAGGUGUGCGUCGUGUUCGGAGGCUCCCGGGGCAUCGGCCGGGCGGUGGCCCGCUUGAUGGCCCCGAGAGGCUAUCGACUGGCCAUCGUCGCCCGGAAUCUGGAGGGGGCCAGAGCCGCGGCCGGGGACCUGGGCGGAGAUCAUUUGGCAUUGAGCUGUGAUGUUGCCAAAGAACAUGAUGUUCAAAAUACAUUUGAAGAGAUAGAGAAAAAUUUAGGUUGCGUUAAUUUCUUGGUAAAUGCAGCUGGAAUUAACAGGGAUAAUCUGUUAGUAAGGACAAAUACUGAAGAGAUGCUGUCUCAGCUCCACACUAACCUCCUGGGCUCCAUGCUGACCUGUAGAGCUGCCGUGAAGACAAUGAUUAAACAGCAGAGAGGGUCCAUUGUGAAUGUGGGAAGUGUUAUUGGUCUAAAAGGCAAUUCUGGCCAGUCUGUAUACAGUGCCAGUAAAGGAGGAUUAGUCGGAUUUUCACGUGCUCUUGCCAAAGAAGUAGCAAAAAAGAAAAUUAGAGUGAAUGUAGUUGCUCCAGGAUUCAUUCACACAGACAUGACGAAAGACUUGAACGAAGAACAUUUAAAGAAGAAUAUCCCUCUGGGAAGGUUUGGAGACGCCCUUGACGUGGCCCAGGCGGUCUUGUUUCUUUUAGAGUCUCCAUAUGUGACAGGGCACGUCUUGGUGGUGGAUGGUGGCCUGCAGCUCACCAUGUAGCCGACUCCUGUCACUGUUGUUGGAGUCGCGGGCAGUCUGUGUUAUAGCUGUGUUUGCUAAUCAAACCUGCUGAUGCUCCAGUUGUUGGCUUCUGUCUUCAUACAAAUAUGUCCGUAAAGACAAUGUGAGAGCAGCUGUGUUUUCCAGAUGACACGUGUCUUCUGGGCAGCAUUGGUGUGCAGUCCCUCCUUACAGGGCUACCUCCAGCCCUGGGGGCUUCAGAUGUCCCCGCCCCUUAUAGAAGAGUGUCCAUGUGUCUGUGUCACCUCUGUAUACCGCACAUCGUCUCUGUCGUUGUUCCGUCACUCAGUCGUGUCCGACUCUUUGCAGCCCCUCAUGCUGUAGCUGGCCAGGCUCCUCUGUCCAUGGAAUUUUCCCGGCAAGAGCACUGGAGUGGGUUGCCAUUUCCUUUUCCAAGGAUCUUCCUGACCCAGGGAUCGAACCCUUGUCUCCUCAGCCUCCUGCAUUGGGAGGUGGAUUCCUUACCGCUGUGCACCAGGGAAGCCCGAAUCUAAAUCAUCCUUAGAUUACAUAUAAUGCCCAGCACAGUGUAAAUGCUGUGUAAAUAAUUGAAACACAGUGAAAAUGCUAUGUAAAUAGUUGAUUUUUGGAACUUUCAAAAACAUACUUAGAAAUUUAAAAACUUUAAAAAAUAUAUUUUCUAUCCAUAGUUGGUUGAACCCGUGGAUGUAGAAGCCAGAUGCAGAGGGCCAAGUGUCUAGACAUUUUGCAAGUAAUGAAAACAGAUGUUGUCUUAAUUUAUGCAUUUUGUUACAAAAGUAGAAAAAAAUUACAUGAUCUGAUUGUCAUUAGAUACUUCAUUGUGAUCGCUUACGGUGAACGGUGUUGGAUUCGUGAUCUCUGAAGAAGAAGAUUUAACUUUGGGACCAGGGAGCUGGGUUGAUCCCUCAAGAGCUUUUGUGUAGCAGAGUUUUAUUAAAGUGGAAAGGGACUGAGAAAGCUUCUGACACAGACAUCAGAAGGGAGCGGAGAGUGCCCCCUCACUAAUGUUAGCAAGGGAGUUAUGUACUUUGUAAUUAAUUAUUACAAUACGUCAAAAGAAUGUCUCAAGUUUGUGAAAAUUUUACCAGACCCACUCCCACAAUUUACAUUUUAGGAUAACGGGAUUAGAAUUUAACAAUAGAAAGAUUCUACCAGUCCCACUCCCAUAAUGUACAUUAUAAGAUACCAGGAUUAGGAAAGGAAGGAGAAACUGUCCUCACUCAGGAUACAUUGUUGUUAUAUAAUCCUUAGAACAGAGUUUAAACUGAGUUGUUUGUUGUGUCAUCAUCAGUUCUGGGCUUAAGGAAAAUAAUGUUUUAUGUGACUAAGACUGAGGAAUGUAGAGAGAAAAUUUUUGUCCUUUCCUCCUCCUUGAGAACCCCAGACCUCUCUCUCCGUGGAGACCCCUGGACUUCUUACCAACCUGCCUAGGCAUUGGCUCUCUCAGCUGUAUUGGGCCAAAUACUCUAGAAGUUAGUGUGGCAGGCCAAGACAGGCGCACCGAACCUGGAGGACUCGAAGGGCGCCAGGCAGCUGCCUUCGCAAGCCUGCUGGGGCUGACCAGUGUAGCCCUCUGCCCGUCCCCUGAAUAGUCAGCUGUCACACAGGCUGAGAAGGACAGUCAGACACGGACCUGACUGUGGAGUCUGGGAUUUUUGAGUGGCACUGCACCUCUGUGAGCCGCUGGGUACAACAGACCACACUGGACAGAGGAGUCUGGUGGGUACAGUCCGUGGGGCCGGAACUGGACGCAGCUGAGCGACUGAACAGCAAGUGUGGGCGGCUGAUGUGUCCUGUGGAAAUCUCAGGGGUGCUGUGGUUAACCCUUGGUUUUAGUACCUGGUCCAGCUGUGAGUUGCAUAGACCUCAUCAGCUUAGGAUGUGGAACUGGUGCUUCUUGGGUUGUGGUUUUUUUUAAAAUUCCUCAAAACUCUCAAUUUAGCUGGCUUCUUAAAAACAGCAUAAGAAAUAGUGACAUUUUAAAAAUUAAGAAUUUUUGCAUUAAUGAAUAUAAUGAUUCUUAUGUGAAAUUUUAGAAUAAUAAUAAUUGUGAACAAUCAUUAGUAAAUAUGCAGUAACUGUGAGUGCAGUGUCUUUACAAGGAGCAGGUAAAGCAUUAGUCUUGAAUGAAAAUAGUUGUCUGAGAUUAGAAAUGAUGAAAAUUGUGUGAAAACAUCAGAUGAUACCUAUUUUGCAUUGAUCUCUUUUGUGAGAAUAGCAUGAUAAUUUUAAAUAUCACUGGGUUCAUGUUGGUUUUUUAUUAUCAUUUCAAAUGUUUUAAAUAUUUAUUGCAUUUUAAAAAUAAUCAUUUACAGUUUUAUCGGAGCUGAACAUGACUUUAUGUAAACAUAUUAAUUUUACAUUGAAAGUUGGUACAAAAGUAUGAAUAGGAUAUAUGACAUAAAUGCAGACUGAUAAAAAUAAAAAUAAUAAAGUCAAAUCUGUGUUCUAAAUCAAGAUUCGUGAUUCCUUUAAAAUUCUUUAAAACUGAUCCUCAAAAUAGUCUUUACUUGGUGAAGUCUAUUCAGGAGGUAAACAGGUCAGAAGUUUCUGUUAUCAGCCAGGCUGCCUGCUGAGUGUAGACGUGGCAGUCGAGUGCAGAACAGUGGGUGGGGAAGCAGCAGGCGGUGGUUUCCAGCUCCGCAGACAGGACACGCCUUGCCAGCGCCUUGCCGGGGCCGGCUCCCCUCUGGCUCCUCAUGAGGCCGCCUUGGCUGGUGGUCAGGAAGGAAGCAGGUACCACUUGAAAUAAUGACACUGAGGUGUGAGUUACAGGUGGACGUAACGUUCAGUUGUGUGUGGAGAAAUGAGCCCUUUUACACUGUCCACCGCUCCCGCCGACGUGACUGGUGGAGGGUGGAGUGAGGCUGUGAACAGGCACGGUGAGCCUCGGCCCUAGGCGCUCCGGCCAGGUGCUGCAGCCGGGUGGCGGCUGUCAGUCACUGCAGAGGUGCCAGAGCUUCCGUGACUUCUGAACAAGAAAACUCCUGUGCAGGUGUAGUCUGGCGCUUGUGUGCAACAGUCCAGCCUGGAUCGAGCGUUUUUCAGAAACUGGUUUAUGGUUAAAGCUAGGGUUAACAUUUUUGCAUGGAAGGUUUUUAAAUUUGUGCUUCUAUUUUCUUUUUUUCCCCAUAGUCAGUUUUAUAAGAGGAUUUUAAAGUGCUUUCUAGGAGAAAAUUGUAUGUUAUAAACUUGGGGGUGAUGAUUUACAUGAAGAUGAUUUAAUGCGUAUGCUUGUGUUAUCUGGAAUGAAGCGAGAUUAUUCUAGAAUUCGCGUUAUGCCUUACAUUGUGGAACAUUUUCCCAAGUUUUUAAGACAGAAAUAUGUGUAAGUUGAAAAGUCAUACCACAGCCCUAACUUGAAAAACGUAUGAUACUUAAUAAUUUUUAAAUUCCUUUUAUGUAAUUACCAUCUUUCAGUUACACUGUAAGCGCCAGAGGGCAGAAACCAUAUUGUUUCCAUUCCUUUGGUUAAAUAACUCAGUAAAUAUUGGUUGAAUACCUA